AGUGGUCUUACACACACGCCGUUUCUUCUUUUUCCAUCUCUCCUCCCAGCUUUAGCUAGGAAAUCCCACACUACUAAUAUAAAACUCAACAACACACCCUUAAAUUGUUUUAUUUUACUUAAACACCAUUCCAUCAUUUUUUGUUCUUCCUCUUAAUCACUUGUGUUAUAUAGGUUCACCCAUUACCAAUUAAGCCCAGCUUAACAUUUUGAUAUCUGCUGCGCAAGCCCUCCCUUCUCCUCUUUCUAUUUCUGAGCAAUCUCUUUACGCGUUCAUGUCUCUCUCUCAUAGAUUAUGAACACGUUCUCCCUAUCUCUCGCCUCUUUGAAAUUCAACUCGCUCUAAGUCUAAACCAAGCCAAAAAUCCCUCUCGUAACUUUCCUCAACAACCUGUCCAGGUUAGCAACAAACGCCGAAUAGCAUUAUACAAUUAACAAAUUCACGUUCCUUUUUGCUGUAAAGAAAUAGAAAAACUUGAGUUGAAGAAAGAAAUAGUUAUUUAAAGGCCGAUCCAUAUAUUUCUUUGGGUUGUUUUGUCUUAUAAAUGAAUGGUAAUCCGAAACACGAGCGCCGAUGGGCGUCCGACACUGUUCCCGGAAAAGCAACCGUCAGCGCCGGAACUUCGCCGGGAACUGAGUCCAAUUCCGCUGCCGAGGAGUUUGUGGAGGUCACUCUCGAUCUUCAAGACGAUGACACCAUCGUUCUUCGGAGCGUUGAGCCAGCCUCUGUUAUUAACAUCGACGACAGCGUCGCCGGAAGCGGAUAUGAAACUCCGGCGUCCGUUCCGCGGUCUCCAACGAUCCGGAGGAGCUCGUCGAGAGGAUUUCGGCAGUUCUCGCAGGAGCUGAAAGCCGAGGCAGUUGCCAAGGCUAGGCAGUUCUCGCAGGAGCUUAAAUCGGAGUUGCGACGGUUCUCGUGGAGCCAUGGCCAUGCUUCGCGCCAGCUUUCAUCUUCCUCUGCUCAGAACGGGACCGGCGCUGCCGCCGGUGGCGGAUUUGAAACGGCGUUGGCGGCUCGUGCUCUCAGGAAGCAACGCGCUCAGCUUGAUCGCACUCGUUCCGGUGCUCACAAAGCACUCCGUGGUCUGAAGUUCAUCAGCAGCAAAUCCAAUGGCGUUGAUGCGUGGAACCAGGUGCAGAGCAACUUCGAUAGGCUUGCCAAGGACGGUUUCCUCUAUCGCGCCGAUUUCGCUCAAUGCAUAGGCAUGAAAGAGUCCAAGGAAUUCGCUUUGGAACUGUUUGAUGCUCUGAGUCGCAAACGAAGAUUGAGUAUUGAUAAGAUCAGCAGAGAUGAACUUUUCGAAUUCUGGUCGCAAAUUACCGAUCAAAGUUUUGAUUCGCGGCUCCAGAUCUUCUUCGACAUGGUGGACAAGAACGAAGAUGGAAGAAUCACCGAAGAAGAAGUGAAAGAGAUCAUUAUGUUAAGCGCUUCGGCAAAUAAGUUAUCCAGAUUGAAGGAGCAGGCCGAAGAAUAUGCAGCUCUGAUCAUGGAAGAGUUAGACCCUGAAGGACUUGGCUACAUCGAGCUAUGGCAAUUGGAGACGCUUCUUCUACAAAAGGACACGUACCUCAACUAUAGCCAAGCUCUAAGCUACACAAGCCAAGCUUUGAGCCAGAACCUACAGGGGCUAAGGAAGAAAAGUCCUAUACGUAGGAUGAGCCGCAGAUUGCUCUACUAUUUGCAAGAGAAUUGGAGGAGACUUUGGGUUUUAACAUUGUGGGUUUGCAUAAUGAUUGGGCUAUUCACGUGGAAGUUUAUUCAGUACAAGCAUAAAGAUGGAUUUCAGAUCAUGGGUUACUGCCUUCUCACGGCUAAAGGAGCGGCUGAGACUCUAAAGUUCAACAUGGCACUUAUACUCUUACCCGUGUGCAGAAAUACCAUAACUUGGCUCAGGUCUACCAAGCUGGGUUAUAUUUUACCUUUCGACGACAACAUCAACUUCCAUAAGACAAUUGCUGGUGCCAUCGUGAUUGGUGUUAUACUUCAUGUCGGGGAUCAUCUUGCUUGUGAUUUUCCAAGACUUGUAAAUACGUCUGAAGAACGUUAUGACAAGUAUUUGAAAGGUGUAUUUGGCCGCCAUAAACCCACGUAUCGAGACCUAGUUAAAGGCGCUGAGGGUGUGACUGGAAUUUUGAUGGUGGUUUUUAUGGCGAUUGCAUUUACACUAGCAACCAAGUGGUUCCGCCGAAAUCUCAUUAAGCUGCCUAAACCAUUUAGUAGGCUCACUGGCUUCAAUGCCUUCUGGUAUUCACACCAUCUGUUUGUCAUUGUAUAUGGUCUACUCAUCGUCCACGGAAUAAAGCUUUACUUCGUGCAUAAAUGGUACCUUAAAACGACAUGGAUGUAUAUUGCGGUACCUGUUUUACUUUAUACGUCAGAAAGAAUACUCAGAUUCUUUCGUUCGGGUUUGUAUACGGUUCGUCUGGUAAAGGUUGCCAUAUAUCCUGGAAAUGUUCUCACAUUACAAAUGUCCAAGCCUCCUCAAUUUCGCUACAAAAGCGGACAAUACAUGUUUGUACAAUGUCCUGAUAUUUCUCCGUUUGAGUGGCAUCCGUUUUCUAUUACCUCAGCCCCUGGCGAUGACUACCUGAGUGUUCACAUUCGGCAACUGGGUGACUGGACACAGGAGCUUAAAAGGGUAUUCUCUGAGGCCUGUGAGCCUCCUGUAUCUGGGAAGAGUGGGCUUCUCAGGGCUGAUGAAACGACUAAGAAAAGUUUGCCAAAGUUAAAGAUAGAUGGACCUUACGGUGCGCCAGCACAAGAUUAUGCAAAAUAUGAUGUUUUGUUACUUGUUGGUCUUGGGAUAGGGGCAACACCUUUCAUCAGCAUUCUGAAAGAUCUUCUUAACAACAUCAUCAAAAUGGAGGAGAUGGCGGAUUCAAUAUCUGAUAUCAGUAGAGGUUCAGACCUUAGUGUUGGGAGUGCUGAUUCACCGUCUCUUAAUAAAAUUGCGCCAAAACGGAAGAAAACAUUGAAGACCACCAAUGCUUAUUUCUACUGGGUUACAAGAGAGCAAGGCUCUUUUGAUUGGUUCAAAGGAGUCAUGAAUGAAGUAGCAGAGCUUGAUCAAAGGGGUGUCAUUGAGAUGCACAACUACUUGACUAGCGUAUACGAGGAAGGGGAUGCUAGAUCCGCGCUCAUCACCAUGGUGCAAGCACUCAACCAUGCCAAAAAUGGAGUUGACAUAGUUUCUGGGACUAGAGUGCGAACUCAUUUUGCUAGGCCUAACUGGAAGAAGGUUUUCUCUAAAAUAUGUUCCAAGCACUGCAAUGGACGAAUAGGGGUGUUUUAUUGUGGCGCACCAGUCUUGGCCAAAGAGCUUAGCAAGCUCUGCUUCGAGUUCAAUGAAAAAGGGCCAACGAAAUUUGAGUUCCACAAGGAGCAUUUCUAGGGAAUUUGGACGGAGCUCUCCCAACUCUACUUGAAAGUUAACACAGUCACGCACAACCUAAACCCGUCAUUUUAGCAACUUGGCGUGGCCAGAUUAUAUGAUUAUGUUCAAUAAGCUAAAACCUUUUUUGUAUAGAUUUGAAGUAUUGUACAUACCGCCCAGCAAGAUUGCUUGGUAUUUCACCAUACAUGUGGCCACAUAACUAAAGAGAUAAGCGCAGCAGAUGUACCGUGCACCGCCUAAAGUGCGAUACAGCUACGUUGGAGGCGUUGACCUGAUUGUGGAGCCACCUGGAUUAUUGGCAGAUAGAUCCACAUUGAAUUGGAUAUGGACAUUCUUGAAAAGGUAAUAGGAAAUA